GCGCGACGCUCGCGCCAUGCAACGGCAGUUGCUCUAAAUUACAUAAGCUUAACUUAUUAUAUCUUAAUUUCGAGUGUAUGUGUAUGUAAAAGUGUGUAGUGUUUGUUUAAUUUAAUAUUUGGAUGCUGACGGUGGAUAGAAGUUGUGAAGGAAAUCGAGACAUGAAACGUAAAAGGUGCAGGUGUAACAUCGCUCAGUGACGUGUCCGGUGUACGCGAUGAGCGCUGACGUCACGACCAUGCGCCGCGUCCUCUUCUGUCUGCUCUCGCUGUCUCUACACAGAAACUUAGCCUUCGUCCUCGACAAACAGAACCCGUACUCACAGUUCCGCAAAUGGAACGCAGGACUCAACGGUACACUUGAACUGGAGUUCAAGACAGAUCAACCAAAUGGUCUACUUCUAUACACCGACGAUGGUGGAACUUACGACUUUUUCGAAUUGAAACUGGUGAACGGAGCUUUGAGACUGAGAUACAAUUUGGGAGGGGGAGCACAAAUUAUAACGGUUGGCAGUAAUUUGAACGACGGUCACUGGCAUAAAGUUCAGGUUGCCCGUCGCGACGAGCACACAUCUUUGACGGUGGACGGCGUGACGCAGAGCAAGACGUCACGCGGCAAGGAGUACGUUUUUGGCAAGUUCGCCUCCAACUCGGAUGUCUUCGUUGGAGGCAUUCCACCAUCAUACAACACUAAGUUGACGGCGUUAGCGCUACCGUCCGUAAUCUUCGAGCCCAAGUUUCGAGGGUCCGUGCGGAACCUGGUCUACUCUGAUCUACCCGGACAGCCGCCGCGGAGACAAGAGCUACGACACUCCAGAGAUUUAAAGUCGUCUCGGGUGAGCAAUGCGAGUGGCGAUGCAUGCGAGCGCCGCGAUCCCUGCCAGCAUGGAGGCGUCUGCAUCAGCACUGACAACGGUCCGGUCUGCGAAUGCAGGGAUGGCGACUAUGAGGGCGCCUUCUGUGAAAGAGACAAAGCGCCGUCAGAGGCAACGUUCCGUGGCGCUGAGUUCCUCUCAUACGACCUGACGCAGACUGGCGGCGAGCCCAUCGUCAGCGCACAGGACGCCAUCUCCUUAUACUUUAAGACACGACAACCUAACGGACUGCUCUUCUAUACAGGCCAUGAAGCAGAUUAUCUUAAUUUGGCGGUCCGAGAUGGUGGACUUUCAUUAACAAUGGGCCUCGGUAAUGGCAAGCAGGAGAUGCACAUCAAACCCGCGAAGACGAGGUUCGACGACCAUCAAUGGCACAAGCUAACUGUAAGAAGACGGAUACAAGAGAUUACGCCGUUUACAAGCUUUUGUCGGGUGUCAGCAGUAGUAGACGACGUGUACUCGGAACAUUCCCACGUCGCCGGCUCCUUCACAAUGCUGGCCAGCUCCAGAGCUCAUGUGGGAGGAUCACUUAACGCCAGAGCAUUGCCCGGUGCUAGAGUUCAUACCAACUUCAUCGGCUGUUUGAAGAAAGUGGAGUUCUCGGCUGAUACUCUAAGGUUGAACCUGAUAGACUUGGCGCGCACCGGCAGCAAGCUGAUAGCGGUCACUGGCCGGCUGGAGUACGCCUGUACUGCUACAGACUCUGCCGACCCGGUUACGUUUAGCACGAGGGAUGCACAUUUGAUCUUACCAAAAUGGGAGGCGGUGAAGACCGGAACGAUAUCAUUCAAGUUCCGAACAAACGAACCGAACGGUUUGAUACUGUUCAACAUGGGCGCGAAGCCACCAAGGGUAGGUUGCACGGCUGAUCUCUUCGCUGUGGAAAUGUUAAACGGGUAUAUCUACGUGCACGUGGACUUGGGGUCGGGUGGUGUGCGCGUGCGUGCCUCUCGGCGUCGCGUCGAUGACUCCCACUGGCAUGAGUUUCUGCUCAGAAGGACCGGCAGAGAUGGAAGAGUGACUGUUGAUGGCGCUAAUGCUGAGUUUAAGACGCCCGGUGAAUCAAAUCAGCUGGAACUGGAUGGGCCGUUGUUUGUCGGAGGCUUGGGGUCUGAGUACUCCGCGUCUAGGACCCCGCCCGCAUUAUGGACGGCCGCGCUGCGACAAGGGUUCGUUGGCUGCAUCCGAGAUCUGGUGCUGAACGGGAAGCCUCAGGAUCUGACGUCUUAUGCUAGACAACAGGAUUCCGCGUCGGUACGUCCGGCGUGCCACGUGCUGAUGAAGCAGUGCGCCAGCGCCCCCUGCCAGCACGGCGGCGGGGACAGGGAAAAGAACCUGCUGGCGGGGUCCAACGUGGCGGACGAGGCGUGGCACACGGUGCGGUUCUCGCGGCGCGCGUCCAACCUGAAGCUGCAGGUGGACGCGGGCCCCGCCGUGCGCGGUACGUUAUCUGAAACGAUUCUAGGUAAAGCUUCGACUUUAGAAAUCUCCACUCUUCAUUUGGGAGGACUAUUUCAUCCUGAAGAAGAAAUACAAAUGACCUCGACUUUGCCAAAUUUUGUCGGUUUCUUACAAAAAUUCGUUUUCAAUGGAAUUAAAUACAUAGACAUGGCUAAAACUCUAGGAAUCGGAAACACAGAUGAAAACAACAACGUUUAUGAUACGUCCAAUAUAAUUUUUAAUGGAAAAUUUGUGAAGCCGGACUCUCUAAAUGUUUAUAAGGCUGUGACUUUCAAAUCUAAGCAUACUUACGUUGGCCUGCCGUUACUAAAGGCAUACGGGAAUACUUAUUUGGACUUUUACUUUCGGACCACUGAGAUGGAUGGUCUAUUAUUUUACAAUGGAGGGAAGAAACAAGAUUUUAUAGCUGUGGAACUAGUCAAUGGGCAUAUACACUGCGUAUUCAAUUUGGGCGACGGAGUGGUCACGAUGAAAGACAAACUAAAGAACUUUUUAAACGACAAUCGAUGGCACACGGUAUCGAUUCGCAGACCGACACCAAAAGUACACACAUUACAAGUUGACGAUGACUUGGAAUUGCAUACUACAAGUUCGACGCUGAUGCUGGAGCUGGACAGCGUGCUGUACGUGGGCGGCGUGCCCAAGGAGCAGUUCGGCGCGCUGCCGGUGGGCGUGCUGUCGCGGCAGGGCUUCGAGGGCUGCGUGGCCAGCCUCGACCUGCCCGGGGAGUCGCCCUCGCUUAUAGAAGACGCGGUUGUGCCCAGUUCCUCGCUUGUGUCGGGAUGUGAGGGUCCAACAAAAUGCACACACAAUGCGUGUGCUAACAAAGGUGUGUGCGUGCAGCAAUGGAAUACUUACGUGUGCGACUGCGAUCUCACGUCAUUCACCGGCCCUACGUGUUAUGAUGAGUCGAUAGCAUACGAAUUCGGUCCUGGGCGCGGCGCAUUGACUCACUCGCUGGCGCCGCACGCGCGCGCCGACACGGAGGCGGACCGCGUCGCGCUCGGCUUCCUCACCAGCAAGCCUGAUGCCGUGCUCCUCAGGAUAGAGUCCUCCAACACACAGGACUAUAUGCAGAUGGAGAUUGUGAGUUCUAAUUUUAUACCAUUGGGGAUAGUCGCGUCAGUGCUGAUCGCAAUAAUAUUGAUUGUGAUCAUCGUGCUUAAAUACUAUGUGUUCAAGAUCGAUAACUCGUACAAAGUGACUGAGGAUAAGAAUUAUCAGCAAGGUGCCAGCGCAGCCUUGCUCGGCAAUCAGCAGCAAGCUCACUCGAGCUACCAAAGCGCGUCAAACGGCGGCGCGGCGCGCAACCUGCAGCCGCUGCCGCUGGCCCGCAGCGCCGCGCCCGCGCACGCCCCCGCGCCCGCCGCACACCCCGUCAAGAGGGACGGCAUCAAGGAGUGGUACGUCUAAAAUGGACCUUAACACACAACAUUAAGAUCACUUUUCCCGUGGCUUUAUAAAGUGGACAAAUCACGAUUUUCUGUUUGACAUCUCGUGACGGCUUUAGGACACUUAAUGUAAAUCGGUUUCCUAUGCAUUUUUAUUAUCUAAGUAAGCAUUAAGUUAUUUUAAGUUAAAUAAAAUUGAUCUCUGUUAAUUGAUCUCUAUUUGAAUUGUAGAAUUGUUUUAUUUAAAUUUGUUUAUAUUUAUUGUAUAAAUUAAUUUUAUUAUGUUUGGGACUAGGGGAAGAAAUGUAAGACCGAUUGGUCUUGUUAAUAAAUUUGGGACAUAUCAACAUGAAUGCUUGUCUGAUAGCGUAUUUGCUUAAUUAAAUGUUAGUACUUAACUGUGGACAAUGAAUGGAUUUAAUAUCAGUUACAAUAUUAAUUACUCUUACUUACUGCGUGUUCUUUAAAAUCUAAGUACAGUAGAACCUCGAUAAGUUAAA